GGCAUACAGAAAGGGCACAUGUCAAUAUUUGGAUGAAUUGACAUUUAACGUAAAAUGUGUUUUCUAAUGACAGCCGCAUCGGAUUAUGCAUAAACGGCUCAUGUCCGCAUCCUCUAUGUGUUAGAAUUAUCGGGUAUUGCUACUAAACGUUAUGCAUAAACGGCACAUGUCAGUGACAUGUUCCCUUUAUGCAUAACCUCUACAUCUAUUUCUUAGUUUGUUGUUGAUGCCAUCGCAACUAACACAUGUAGACCCAAAAUGGUGGACAAUAGUGAAAUGCGCGGCAAAAAAUGUAAAAGUGAUCCUACUAAAUACGACCGUCAUAUUAGAAAAAAAGCAAGGGUAGAAGGGACGUGUUAUACAAGUUCCAAAGGUAAAAAUAUUCCUGCAAAGCAAGUAGGAGGCCCCCCUUGCAGUUGUAGGCUAAAAUGCUAUGAGAAGUUUAGUGAAGAUGAUAAGUUGCAAAUUUUCCAACGAUUCUAUUCUCUUCACACCAAAGGCGAACAAGACAUCUUUCUCCAGGGUCUUAUUCAGGUAUUAAAUAUAAAGCAGAGACGGCCUCGGCAAGGUGAGAAACACAAACCGAAAUCAGUUAGUUUCAAGUUUUAUGUAUUUAAAGGAUCUGCUAAAACUGAAGUUUGUCUUAAAGCUUUCAUGUCUUUACAUGCAGUUACUCAUAAACGUGUUAGAAGAAUCGAAAGUCUAGCUCAACAGGGCAAGUCACCUAGAGAUUUACGCGGAAAACAACCAAGCGCAAAUGCCUUUUCUGAAGAAGUCAGAGAAUUAGUGCGAGACCACAUUCAGUCUUUCCCUGUAAAACUAAGCCACUACUCUGGAACAGACAGGAAAUAUUUCGAUAGGAAUUUAACCAUUUCUACUAUGCAUAAGCUUUUUCAACAAAAACACCCAAAUGUCGUGUUGAGUUUCUCUUUUUAUAGAAGUUAUUUUCGUGAAAAUUUCAACUUUUCCUUCGGUAGACCCCAGGUUGAUGUGUGUUCGACUUGCGAACUGCUAAACAAUAAAAUAAAAAACAAGAACCUAAAUGAUACUGCUAAACGGACAGCAGUAGCUGAAUUGAUGGUCCACAAGUGACGAAGUAAGAAAUUUUACUCAAAAGUAAAAAGUGAAACCGAGAAUCAUGCAGAUUCAGAAAAUGUCUUGGCUUUGGCAUUUGAUUAUAUGCAAAAUAUCCAGUUGCCAAAGUCACCAGAGUAGAUAAUAAAUAAUAAAUAAUAAGUUCUGGACCGGAAAUGAAAGAGAAAAUUACAAAAAAUUAAAGUUAAUACAUAUUUAUAUUAAAAAUUUAAAUUAAACAUACUCAAAAAAAGGAUACUAUUUUCUACUUAAACUACUUAAAUAUAUUUAAACGUUAUUCGAAAUAGUGGUAAAAUGACACCAAGCCAAUGUUUUAAUACCAUCGGCAUCGAUACAUCGCUUGAAAUCAUGUGGGGAAAGGGCCAAUUUGUUUUGUAAAACGGUAAAAACCGUGUGGUUAAAACUUCUAAAUAAUAACUGUUUUCUACACAAGACGGAAUUUGAAUGUAAACGGUCGAAAUAAUUUUGAAAUGAAAGCUUUUGUUUAACCACAGCUUUCUUAAUACCUUUAGAUUUUUUAGUAACUCGCCCAUCAGCGAUCCGAUUUGCGUACACCUUCGAUCUAAGCCAAUAAAUUCGACCAUUACGUUUCCACAAUUUCUUAUACAACUUCUUAUACCGAUUGGUAACUUUAAUUUUAGGAGGUACACCCAACACGGACGUACGUAUAAGUAUACGUGUGUGUGUAUAUUCGGUGUCGUUAAGUGGGGGAUAAACAAGCGUAGGGGUAAUGCACAAAUUGAAUCGUUCAUAGAUUGUUGAGAGGCGAAGUUGGUCGCAUC